CACUUCCUGAAAGAUGGCGCUGACCAGGAGCUGUGCGGCUCUGUGGAGGACAAGCAGCCUGUUUCUCCCCAAACACCGGCUCCUGUUGCCCGCUGCUGCCCGGCUGCAGAGCACCGUGAGCGGGGACGUUCUGCCCAACACCUCGCUGUCCAGCCCUCCGUGGUCGGAGGCCCGCGUGCAGCCGGAGGAGGCGCUGCAGGCCCGGCACGCCGCCACAGUCAGCACCGUUAACCAGAUCAUCCACCAGCAGGACUUCGGUCGCAUCUUCGCCGUGGUUCACUUCUCCGGCCGCCAGUGGAAAGUCACCACCGAGGACCUGAUCCUCAUCGAGAACCACAUCGAGGCGGACUGCGGGGAGCGGAUCCGCAUGGAGAAGGUGCUGCUGGUCGGCGGAGAAGACUUCACCUUGAUCGGGAGGCCGCUGCUCGGGAAGGAGCUGGUCCGGGUUGACGCCACGGUCAUAGAGAAGACCGAGUCCUGGCCCAAAGUACACAUGAGGUUCUGGAAGAGACACCGGUUCCAGCGCAAGAGGAUCAUCAUCCAACCUCAGACUGUGCUGAGGAUCAACAGCAUCCAGCUCAACCCAACACUGACAUGAUGAAGAGGAGGAGGAGGAAGAUUAUCACACACACAGACUGACUGACUCUGCAUGGUUAUAAAUAUGUAAACAAACAUGUCGAUAACUGUGGUUUCACUCAGAGUUGCUUUAACAGCAACAAACUAAAGACAGUGGAGCAGAUGUUGCUCUUUUUUUGGUUUGUUAUUGUAAAUAAUUCAAUAAAUUGUUUGCAGAAAUGUGA